AGUAUAUAAAGGUAGAGUCUCUCCUCGCUAGAAGUUUUUGCAGUUUCAUAUUUAAUGGUGAACGAUGACAAAAAUACCGUUGAUUGCUGUUUUUUCGGUUUGGCUCUUUGUUGUUUAUGGCCAAAUACCCGUCAAUAACUUUGACCCUUAUCACGCCUAUUACAUUCCCUACUACACUUCAACGUUUACCAAUCAACCCAUUAAACACGUUAAGGAUGGAACGGCAGCUCAGUCUGGCGGAACUACUGAAUUCAAAAAUCAUCCGAGCAUUAGGGAUCUUUUCUAUCAGGGUGGCAUUUUUUUAAGAAUAAGACAACUUGAAGAAACGACUGCUAGUUUAUCAAGCCAACUGGAAGCGAUGCAAACUGCAUUAGACGCUAAGGCCGACAAAACAGCGUUGAACUUAAAGGCCGACAUAACAGCGUUGAACUUAAAGGCCGACACAACAGCGGUCAACUUAAAGGCCGACCAAACACGUUGA